CGCCGCCGGCGCUCCGUGUUGGGGGGGGGGGGAGCUCAUGAAUAAUUCAUCAGCCGCUCGGCUCCUGCGUGUCGGGGUGAUCGCGGCCGCGCCGCACAGUCCGCUCCCGCCGCUCCGACACCGGCCGCCCGGCCGUGCCCAGCCCAGCGCCGCCGGCGCCGAUGUGGGGCGGGCUGCGGGCGGCCCUGCGCCCAGCGGGAGGGGAGCCCGAGGCGCCCGCAGCCGAUGCAGCCCUGCUGGAAGAUGAAACUGCAGAAUGAGAAGCCUCUGGGCCAUUCUACCAGCCGUUCCAGCAACAUCUCAAAGGUAGGCAGCCCAACCUCAGUGACGGCUCCUCACGGCUUCUCCAGGACCUCAGUCAGUCCCUCGGACCAGGAUAUCUGCAGUUCGGAUGCAAUUCCAUCUGAGCAUGUGCCACCCAGUCCACUGCAGACUGUUGUUGUCCUGACUAGGCCCAAAAGCAAAUCUUCUCUGGUCCAAGAGGUUGUUGCUACGAGUGCCUGUCAAGACAUGCCACAAAGACCAAGGAAGCAGAGUUCAUUUGGGGAAGAUCUGGCCCAACUCCUUUGGCCUGGGAAGCAAACCACAGACAGUGGAGAGGUGAAGCACUCCAAGUCGCUCAAUGAUGUCCAUGCGAAGCCUGAUCGAUCAGCUAGCAGCCUGAGUUUUAUUGGUAGGACUUGCUCCGAUGGAAAAUUAGCACCAGUCCAAGGGAAGAGCUCAAAGAUAAAGAAACAACAUCACAUUAAGAAGAGAGAAGACUAUUACAAGCCAUUACAAAAUAUCCUAAGUUCUCAGAUGCAGCCCUUUGCCUCUGGUCUCUCAGACAGCCGGGGGACUAGAGACGGCCUCUGUGUGGUUGAGGUUGCGGUCGCUGACGCAGAGCAAAGCAGCAGAAGGUCCUACCUGUACCGACUGUUCUUCCCUUCCUUGCACGCUCCGAGCUUCUGUGCUCUAAAGAGGUUUCCCGAACCAGAGAGGAGUGGUGCUCGCUUGCCUGUUACCAAGUUGUCCAGUGACUCUUUCUGCUCUGAGGACAUCGGAGAUGACGAUGUCUUUGAAGAAGAUUCUGCAACCAGAGCGCCUGGGUUGGAAGUCACCAAGGAAGAGCAGCGAGCCCCCCUCUGCUCAUUCGAAGGUGACAGUGAUCUAGAAUGUCCCUCCCUCACAUCUGUGAAAUGGUGCCCCUCACCCCCUCUAUCUCCAUCCUGGGAGGUGUGCAGAAUAUGUCACUGUGAAGGAGAUGAUGAAGGUCCACUCAUCACGCCCUGUCACUGCACUGGGAGCCUCCGAUACGUUCACCAGGCUUGUCUGCAGCAAUGGAUCAAGAGCUCAGACACACGGUGCUGUGAGCUCUGCAAAUAUGAGUUCAUCAUGGAGACCAAAUUAAAACCACUGCGGAAAUGGGAGAAGUUGCAGAUGACUGCAAGUGAGAGGAGGAAGAUCCUGUGUUCAGUCACAUUCCAUAUCAUUGCAAUCACCUGUGUGGUGUGGUCGUUGUAUGUCCUGAUUGAUCGGACAGCGGAGGAGAUUAAACAAGGCCAGACCAACGGUAUCUUGGAGUGGCCAUUUUGGACUAAGCUGGUGGUUGUGGCGAUUGGAUUCAUUGGGGGACUUGUGUUCAUGUACGUCCAAUGCAAGGUGUACAUCCAACUAUGGAAGAGACUGAAAGCGUACAACAGAGUGAUUUAUGUACAGAACUGCCCAGAGACCAGCAGGAAGAGCAUAGCGGAGAAACCACCUCUGAUGGAGCCAAGUUUUGAGAACAAGGAGGCUCCUUCAGUUCAACGUUCAGAUAUCAACUCCCUGCGUUGUACAGAGCCUGAGGAUCAUGGGAUGGGAAUACUGAAUGUCUGAAGUUUACACAAUACAGCGUUUCUCCUUGUCUCUCGCUCUCUCUCGCUCUCUCUCGCUCUCUCUCGCUCUCAUCUCGCUCUCUCUCGCUCUCUCUCGCUCUCUCUCGCUCUCUCUCGCUCUCUCUCGCUCUCUCUCGCUCUCUCUCGCUCUCUCUCGCUCUCUCUCGCUCUCUCUCGCUCUCUCUCGCUCUCUCUCGCUCUCUCUCGCUCUCUCUCGCUCUCUCUCGCUCUCUCCCUGAGAUCUUGUCACAGCCAGUGGCACAGGUCGAGAUGGUCUUCUGAUAUUUAGAAACCACUUCUUUGGACGGAGACUUUGAGAACCAGCGAUCACUUGCUGACAUCAGUGAUCUCAUACAAUGACUGACUUUGCAAAAAAAAUUGAACAUUAUUGGAAAUAUUUAAGUUCAGUAGCAAAUGAGCACUUUCAACUAAACUUUCUUCUGAAGUUCCAUGUUUCGUGACAAAAUGUUUAGCUGGAAAUUGAAAUGUAUGAAAAUCCCUUUCCUUAUUCCCUUCAUAUUGAGGAGACAAAACUAGUUUUCAAAGAAAAUAGUAAUAUCCAUGGGAAAGUGGCAAUUAAACCACAGGAUACCAGAACUUAUUAUUUUUAAUUAUUUUAGAGGAUUUUUAUCAAAUCUCCAAGGCAGUCACACAGGCUACAUCGCAAAGUGCAAUUACUCCCCUGUUUUUGUUAAGUGAUUUAUGUUUUCUAAAUAGUUCCAUGUUUAGGAACAAGCUCCUGCUAUUUCUCCUUUUUUUUGGGAUGAAAUUAUUUAUUAGAAAAAUGUCUAAGAAGGUGCACUUGGGGAGUCUGGAUCAGACCAGGUUUCCUUUUAUAUGCAUGUUUAAGCAACAAAGAAAAGGAUAAUACUACUGCUUCUAUAAGUUAAUAUAAAUUUUAAAAUAUCAUUUAUUUCUAUUUAUAAAACUAGCAGCUUUUUGCAUCUGAAGUUUCUAAAUUUGUACGCUUGCUUAACACCAACUUUUGAACUACAGGCACAAUAUGUCCAUGUAGUGCUGACCAUUGAACCCAAGGCACAGGAUCUUUUGAGCAGCAGCAUUUUACAAGAGGCUGUGUUAUCAUGGGACCAGGAAGCUGAUGUGACUGAAGUCAAUUUGGUUACCAGGGAUCGGAGUUAUAACUUGUAGGUUUUGGGGAUCAAACUGCUCAUUUUACCACAACAUCCACAAGUUAGUGGCUCUGCUUAUUAGCAAAUGCUUUCAAGUAACCUUGGAUUAAUAGUCUGUUUUUAGUCAAACCAUUCUACAAUCAUUUGGAAAAUGACAUUUAAAAAAAUAUAAAACUGCAAGAGUUUUUUAACUACAAUGCAGCCAGCAAAGGCUGGAGACAGAGGAUACAACUCUUAAUGAAACGUCGCCACAAGUGGAACAAGCCUGGACUUGAAUUUUGUGCUUUUCCUUUUAGAAACAAAAAUGUAAGUUAAAUCGGAGGAUUCUUUUGAACUGUUGCCAGCUGCUGUUCAUGACGAGCCAGUGCCACAUGAGGACUAGAAAUGCCACCUAGUUAACUAGUUGGGUGAGAGGGAUUUCUUGGUGCAUCACUUGUAUUUCAAAUGUAUAGUUUUGUAUUUCAUUGUGUUCUUUUUUCACAGUACAGUAUUAAAUGUGUUGUCUAAUGCAUUGUGGCAUAGUUUCCCAAUAAACAUUGACUUUGUUGUA